GGCAGACUUUGGUCACGCCAUCCCCGAGUCUCAUUCUUGGCAUUUUCCGGAUGACUUGCCUUCCGACUGGAAGCAUCCGCUUGCUCGCCGUGCCUUCCGACUCCUUUUUAACCAGAACCACCAUGCGGCUGGAUGUGAGCCCUUUGGAUCGCUAGCAGCGAGAACGCCUUCUCUAAAAGCACCGAGAAAGAGGGGAACGAGCAAAUGAACCUGGAAAGUGGGACCAAUGGAAUAUAAGUCAAGAUAAGGUGGGUUCUUGCAGGUAGAGGCGAAAGUUCUGGUGGCCGAGGUGGUGAAGUUUUAUUUUCCCAAAAUGGUGGAGAUGCACAAUUAUGCUCCAGCUAAUUCUACACAACAAAAGCUCUCCAACUGGGGACACCUGAACAGGAAAGUGUUAAGCAAGCUGAACUUUUCCAUCCCAGAAGACAUUGUCCGGAAGAUUGCCCAGUGCACCCCUGGAGUGGUGGAGUUAGUGCUGAUCCCGCUGAGGCAGAAGAUUGAGGAGAAGCAGAAGCAAGCCAAGAUGAUGUCCGCCACCUCCUAUCAGGACCUGGGGAUGCGCUCCAUUCUGGAGGAGAGCAAUUACCUGGAUACAGGCUACACUUCGAAGUCCAAACCCAACAGCACCGGGGCUUAUACCAAGGACUCCCCUGGAUCGGAAAGGGGGAUCAAAGGGCAGCAGAACUACCCGAUGCCUCUGCAAACUGAUGCCAACCUGCGCCUCCAUCUAGCUGAGCGGGAACAGGCCCUGCUGGCCUCCCAGGAGACCAUCCAGAUUCUGCAGAUGAAGAUCCGCAGACUGGACCAUCUCUUGCACCUGAAGAACGUCCGGAUUGACGACCUCACCCGGCGCCUGCAGCAGGCGGACCCCAAGCGGAAGUGAAAGCCCCCCCAGCUGUGGUUCUCCGGAUCAUCUCCAGCCACGCAGGGCUCCCCGUUCCCUGAGCGCCCACUGCUUUCUUUGCACCUGCAGCCUUUCCCUUCCGGGGGGCUGAGCUACUGGCAGAAAAAACCAGUGGAGGUCCUGGUUUGAAAGGGCAGCCCUAGCCCAGCCAGUGGCCCCAACCCAGCCCGGGAGAGGCAGCACCCAGAGGCAAGAAGGCCGGGGACGCCGAGCCAUCCAGCCACCUUCUCCAGAAGAGCCCGGGAGAAGCCAGAGAAUCUGGAAUCUCAGCCCUCCAGCCUCCGUCUCCUCUGAGCACCGUCACGUAUGUGCCCUGGGGCUGUGGGGGUGCUCAGGAAAAGCUCUCCCGCUUGUACCCAGUGGCUCUCCUCGGCCAUAGCCAGCCAGGAGAGGGGUCAGAAUAACAGCUUAUUCCCAGCCUUCUGAAACCUGAGAAGAACAGCAGUAGCAGCAGAAUCAAUGGCCAGGAAUUCCCAACUUUGCUCUGUUGGGAGACCAGAAGAAGGCUUGGAUUCUCCGCCUCUUCCUCCUCCUCCUCCUCCUCCUCUGCUCAAGCCCAGGCUCUCUCCGAGCCGCCGGACCUGCUGUUCUCCUUGUUGGUGACUCCAGAAGGGAGAAGAGCCCACCGGGAUGGAGUUAUUGGCCGCCGGGGGGCUAAACAGUGGGGCCUUUCCAAGGCACAGUCUGCUAAAUGUUUUGCCCCCCCUUCCAAACUCCUGGCUGGGGUGAGGCGGAGUGGGCAUUGCAUUCUCCCUGGGAAACGCAUCACCCAGCGAAAACAUGGGCUAACGGAAUGCCCUUCCCCGGUCGGUGGGUGGGUGGGGACCUCCUACAUUUCCAGGUGGCUUCUGGCUGGGAGGUCAGUUCUGGCCUCUCUUUCCUCCCUUCCCCACCGCCAAAUACCCAAGCAAGUGGCAUGGAUGCCCUCCCCCCAGCUCCAGCUGCGGAAGGCCUGCUGCAGGCAUCUGCUUGGCAUUCACGCUAAGGUCCUCUCUUGGCAGGGUGGGCGUGAAAGCUUUUGUGUGACCUCAGUGGCCUUUCUCGAAACUUUUAUCUUCCAUGCACAAUCAUUAGCACAAACCCUCACCCCACCGGAGAAGGCAUGCACCAUUCUUGCUUCCGGCAGGCGAGGGGAUUCUUGUGAAGAAACGGACUCCGGUGCAUUGGCAGCCAGAUGAAUCGAUGCACGUCCCAGAGUAGCUGCUCUUCCCCACCCUGGAGAGCUUAGGAGCAGGAUAUGGGGCAGGACUGCAGUUUGAACAAACGUCUUUAAAAAUUCACACAAUGGCUUUUUUGAUCAGUGCCAUUGCUAGGUCCUGACCCUUGCAGAGUUGAUAUGACUCACCCCGCUUUUGCUUUGCUUUCCUUUCCCCCCAUUUCCAUGCAUCUCCAGAUACUGAACGGCCACUUCCUACCUUCACAUCUAAACCUAGAGAAGAAUUUGCACAGUGGUGGGCAGAAGAGGAGUCCAACAUCUGGACACUUAAGAGUGUCUUUGAAGACUGUGUAGAGGAGUGUUGUCCAAACUUGGCCACUUUAAGA